CACAGGAAGAUCACACCAUCCCCCACCAUCAUCAGGGUGAAGAACGGAUUAAUAUAAAAGCUGAGGUUAAAGAGGAAGAAGUAGAGACGUAUGUGGGGGGUGAUCAGCCAAUCACGGAGGAGGUUGGGAUGAUUAUGAAAAGUGAACAGGAGGACAUUUCUCUACCUUGUGACACAGAUGGAUGUGAUGUGAGGAAUUCCUCGGAGAGACAUCUAUUAUCUGCUGAUUGUAAGUCAGAAGAUAAUGUCAUCACACAGGAUCCUCCAGGAGGAAAUCCAAAUACACAAAAUAUACAUCACAGACCUUCCUGUCCGGAGACAUCAAUGGAUCCCUCUGAUCAGGGGGAAUCUUCUCAUCAAUCACAUACUAUGAUUGUAAAUAUCCAUGUAAGAUCUCACACUGCAGAUAGAUCAACAGAUCCUUCUAAUCCCGAGGAAUCUUCCUCACCCCAUGAAGGAGAUCACCAAGGUGACCAUCUAUUCCCAUGUUCAGAGUGCAGGAAAUCCUUCCAUAAGAAAUCUAAUCUUGUUAGACAUCAGAGAAAUCACAAGCGUGAGCGUCCUUUCCCUUGUUCAGAGUGCAGGAAUUCUUUCACUGGGAAAAGAGCACUUGCUGAACACCAGAGAAUUCACACGGGUGAACGUCCUUAUUCAUGUUCGGAGUGCGGGAAAUCUUUCACUCGGAAAGAAACACUUGUUGAACACCAGAGAAUUCACACAGGGGAGCGUCCUUAUUCAUGUUCAGAGUGCGGGAAAUCUUUCACUGGGAAAGGAAAUUUUAUUCAGCACCAGAGAAUUCACACGGGUGAGCGUCCUUUCCCUUGUUCAAAGUGUGGGAAAUCUUUCACUCAAAAACCACAUCUUGUUACACAUCUUAGAAUUCACACAGGCGAGCGUCCUUAUUCAUGUUCAGAGUGCGGGAAAUCUUUUAUUCGAAAAUCAGCCCUCGUUACACAUUUUAGAAUUCACACAGUAGAACGUCCAUCUAAUCUUGUUGGACAUCAGAGAAAUGACACGGGUGAGCAUCCUUUCCCUUGUUUAGAGUGCGGGAAAUUAUUCACUCAAAAAGCAGCCCUUGUUACACAUUUUAGAAUUCACACAGGAGAAUGUCCUUAUUCAUGUUCAGAGUGCGGGAAAUCUUUCACUCAGAAACAAAAACUUAUUCGGCACCAGAGAAUUCACAUGAGUGAGCGUCCUUUUCCUUGUUCAGUGUGCGGGAAAUGUUUUAUUCAGAAAGAAAAACUUAUUCAGCACCAGAGAGUUCACACAGGUGAGCGUCCUUAUUCAUGUUCAGAGUGCGGGAACUCUUUCCGACAAAAACAUCAUCUUGUUAGACACCAGAGAAUUCACACGAGUGAGCGUCCUUUCCCUUGUUCAGAGUCCGGGAAAUCUUUCACUGAGAAAGGAAAACUGAUUCAACACCAAAGCGUUCACACAGGUGAGCGUCCUUUCCCUUGUUCAGAGUGCGGGAAAUCUUUCACUGAGAAAGGAAAACUGAUUCAGCACCAGAGCGUUCACAAGAGUGAGCGUCCUUUUUCUUGUUCAGAGUGCGGGAAAUCUUUCACUCAGAAAGAAAUCCUUGUGCAACAUCAAAGAAUUCACACAGGUGAGCGCCCUUAUUCAUGUUCAGAGUGCGGAAACUCUUUCCGAAAAAAAUAUCACCUUGUUAGACACCAGAGAAUUCACACAGGUGAGCUCCCUUAUUCAUGUUCAGAGUGCGGGAAAUCUUUCACUAAGAAAGAAAGCCUUGUGCAACAUCAAAGAACUCACACGGGGGAGCGUCCUUAUUCAUGUUUAGAGUGCGGGAAAUCUUUCCAUAAGAAAGGAAACCUUGUGCAACAUCAAAGAUAUCACACAGGUGAGCGUCCUCACUCAUGUUCAGAGUGCGGGAAAUCUUUCCAUAGGAAAGUAGAUCUUCUUAAACAUCAGAGAAUUCACACAGGUGAGCGUCCUUAUUCAUGUUCAGAGUGCGGGAAAUCUUUCACCUAUAAAGGAACCCUUAUUAACCAUCAGAAAAUUCACACAGGUGAGCGUCCUUAUUUAUGUUCGGGAAAUGUUUCACUGAGAAAGGAACCCUUGUGAAACAUCAAAUAGUUCACAUGGGUGAGCGUCCUUAGUGAUUUUCAGAGUGCAAGAAAUCUCUCACUCAUAAAGAAGAUCUUUCUUAUACAUUUUUGCAUAUUAAACUAAACAUGUUAUACUUCUCUGCUCUGUGUAAUGGUUUUGCACAGAGCAGCCCCGAUCCUCCUCUUUUCAGGUCCCCUGCAUGUGCUCCUGGCCCCUUCCACCUGCUGAGUGCCCUCAGAAUAAGCAGCUUGCUAUGGGGUCAACCAGGAGUGGUUUACUUUUCGGGGGAAAAAGUCUAACUGAGAGCUACUAGUUAUAAGCUAAGUGCUCUAUGAAGAAGGUCUCUUCUCCACCCUUCAGCCUGCCUAACCACAUCUCAGCACACAGACUUUUCUUCAGCAUACACAGGGUGAAUCGGCCAUCUUUAAAGAAGACCAGGAGCACGUGUCUGACCAGGAGCACGUGUCUGACCAGGAGCACGUGUCUUAAGAACUCUUUUUAUCUUGGAACUUAUUUGAAGCUAUGAAUUAAUGUACUAUAACUGUACUCAUUAUCUUUUUAUUUGUGUGUAUAAUAAAACACGCGGUUUUAUUCGA